UCUCUCUCUCUCUUUCUUCAUCUUCUUUCUUAUUGUUUUUUCCCCAUGAAUUCCUUGAGCAGAUCUUCAGGUGAAAAUGAAUCUCCUGAAGAAAGCAGUUGGACCAUGUAUCUUCAAGAUUUCUCAAAUAAUAAUAACGACACCAUUGAUGUAAACGAUAACGGCUCCAUCCUUUCCCAUACCGACCAUCGAUCCUCUUCUUUGAUCCCCGAUGCUGCCUGUUCUGCAGCCGGACGGCAUGUUUUUGGAGCUGCUUUAGAUCACAAGAAGAGAAGGAUUAAAAGACCGUCAUCGUCUGGUUUUGUUGAUCGUGAUUUGGAAGACACUGCUACUUCUCCUGCAAAUAGUCCCGAGGUUUAUGAUCUGGUGAACAAGUUUGAUCAGCAGAAAAAUGCCAUGGGGAUAUCACAGGGAAUUAAAGGGGGUGCUUCAGGAAAGAUAAACGAUGAAUUAAUGAGUUUUGAUGGAGGAGAAGAUGUGAACAAUGAACUAAAGAAAAAGGGACUUUGUUUAGUUCCUUUGUCUAUGGUAGUUCAUUAUUUAGGUUGAUUCCAAUGAAUUAUUGUUGAUGUGAAAAAUUAUAUUUAGACAUCUCAAUUUUUUUUUUGUGUUUGCAAAAAUUGAAGUACAUGUACAUAUAUUACAAAAUUGUGUUAUUAAAAUAAAAAGAA